AGAGAGAGAGAGAGAGAGAGAGAAAGGGUGGGAGGAGAAGCUGGGAGGAGAGUUGAAUUAAUGAAUUAAAAUGUCCUGAGUCCAGUUGAGUGACUGAAUAGGCUACUUUUUCAUUUAUAAGGAGAGACAAGUGAAAACUUGAGAGAAGAGGACAAUUCAACUUCUACAUGAACCCGCGAACCAUCACAGCUCCAGAUGCAACGGGGGACAUUGCAACUAUUUUAUUACAUAAUAACUCUGUAACGUUCAACCGGAACCGGUACCGACUGACACUUCAGUCUUAGAGAAACCAUUGAUUUGUCUUUGGUAAAUUCGGGAUUAGAUUCGUAGGCUACAGAAACUUGGUGAUUUGAACGGUUUGUAAAAAUGGUUUUAUUGUCAGGCAUAUUAGAAUUAUAAUGGCAAUAUCUCAAACUACAAUCAGGAUGGAAAUCUGUAGACAAUGAAAGUUGGGUGUCUCGUGCUCAUGCGUGUGAGAGAACUGUCAACAAGUGUGCAUUCCUCCAAUCCAUGACGUCGCACUGAGUAAAAAGUCAACAAAUAGGCAAAUUGAUCAUAACAUACAUUUUUUAAAUGUGUUUUGGGGGAUACAAACACUUUUAAAAGUCUCAAAAUUGCAUUCAACAAUUGCAACAAAAGCUCUCUCCCUCACUCUAAUUUCCACCGUCAAGUCCUUUCCCAUUUAUCCAUUCUAUCCCCCUUCACCCCCGACCUCACUCCUCCAUCAUCAACUCCCCCUCCCACCAUCCCUCCCUUCUUCCCCUGAUAAAGCUGCAGCCAUGACGUCGGCCACUCCCCCCUCCUCACGCGGCUCCUCCCCCCAGAAGGUGUGUCACUCCAUGACACAGACGGAGGUUCUGAAGCCGCUGCUGGGGGCAGGGGGGGCGGAAGGGGUGGGGGUGGCAACUGCGGCAGGGGGGGCAGCGACGGCAGGGGGGGCAGCGACGGCAGGGGGGGCAGCGACGGCAGGGGGGGCAGCAACAGCGGUCUGCGCACUUCGACGGAGACGGCGCGUUCUCUCCAAGGACGGGCACAGCAACGUGCACAUCGAGCAUGUGAGCGGGCGCAGGGCGAUGUACCUGCGUGACAUCUGGACGACCUUCCUGGACAUGCAGUGGCGCUACAAGCUCUUCCUGUUCUCGGCCACCUUCGCCGGCACCUGGUUCCUGUUCGGGGUUCUGUGGUACCUGGUGGCGCUGGUGCACGGAGACCUGCUAGAGUUUGACCCUCCGUCCAACCACACCCCGUGUGUGAUGCAGGUGCAGACUCUGACGGGGGCGUUCCUCUUCUCACUGGAGUCGCAGACCACAAUUGGCUACGGCUUCCGUUGCAUCACAGAGGAAUGUCCCGCCGCCAUCAUCCUCCUCAUCCUCCAGCUGGUCAUCACCAUGGUGCUUGAGAUCUUCAUCACUGGAACCUUCCUCGCCAAGGUGGCGCGGCCCAAGAAGAGAGGAGAGACAGUGAAGUUCAGUCAGUACGCUGUGGUGUCCAAUCACGAGGGCCGACCCUGCCUCAUGAUCCGUGUGGCUAACAUGCGCAAGAGCCUGCUGCUGGGCUGCUCGGUGACGGGGAAGUUGCUCCAGACGUCCCAGACCAAGGAGGGGGAGACGAUGCAUCUGGACCAGAGGAACGUUCCCUUCCAGGUGGACACGUCCAGUGAUAGCCCCUUCCUCAUCCUCCCCCUCACCUUCUACCACAUCAUAGACGACAGCAGCCCGCUCAGAGCCUGGGCUGCCAAGGGAGGGGGAUGGACGGAUCCGGAUCUGGCAGACUUUGAGCUGCUGGUGAUCAUGAGUGCCACGGUGGAGCCCACCUCCGCCACCUGCCAGGUGCGCACCUCCUACCUGCCUGAUGAGAUCCUGUGGGGGUAUGAGUUCCCCCCCGUGGUCUCCCUGUCCCCGUCUGGGAAGUAUGUGGCGGACUUCACCUUCUUCGACAAGGUGGACAAAACGAAAACCCCGCCCCUCUUCAAACAGGCCCCCCCCCCAAGCCCGGCCAUGCACUCAUCCCGCAGCAGCAGAGGGGGCGCAGAGGAAGGGGCGGACCCAGAGAAGAUGAAACUAGAGGAGAGCUAUCGAGGGGAGGAGAGGGGGAGGGGCAGGGGGAGGGGGAGGGGCAGGGGGAGAGACAGUAGCCCCCUCAGUGUCCGUAUCAGUAAUGUAUAGAGAGAGAGAGAGGAUGGAGGGAGAGAGAGAGCAGAGAGAGAGCAGAGAGAGAGAGAGCAGAGAGAGAGAGAGAGAGAGAGAGCAGAGAGAGAGAGAGAGAGAGAGAGAGCGAGAGAGAGCAUGAAUGAGACGGAAUGAGAGAGUUACGAGAAAGAAGAAAAGAGAGGAGACUGUAUGGAGAUUGAUAAAUUAUCAAGUGAGAAUAAAAAGAGCUGCUCCUCUGUUGGGAAAUGUGAACACACACACACACACGCUCCUUGUUUGGACUUUAUGCGUUUGUAUCGCCCCUUGUAAGGAUUCAACAGGUGAUGUCCUUCAAAGGAACAAAAUACAUCCCAUUUGUGUCUACUGUCCUGUAAUCAAAGAUGGACCAAGAAAGCUUUUUAAACUUAAUUUGUCUGUAUUUUUUAUAAGAAGACUUUGUGUGACUGGAAAGGUCAAGGUUGACUGGUUUACCAGGACAAAACAUGGUUCAGGAGGACAUAAUCAAAGGAACCAUGCAGUGGAGGCUGCUGAGGGGAGGACGGCUCAUCAUAAUGUCUGGAACAGAGUAAAUGGAAUGGCAUCAAACACAUGGAAACCAUAACAUUCCACUUAUUCCACUCCAACCAUUACCACAAGCCCAUCCUCCCCAAUUAAGAUACCACCAUCCUCCUGUGGAAUCAUUGUACUGUUACUGUUUUUAACACAGAAAGGUACUCUGUCUGCAGGACAUGAGAGUGGAAAUACUGGAUAAUUUUUUUUAAACAUUUUUUUUGAAGGAUUUUAAUUGAAUAUAUGAUAUCGUAUGUAUACUGUAUGUAUCUGUCCCUAAUGAUGCGAUAUCCAGCAGUACUUAUUCAUCUGAGUAUAUGCUUAGCAGGGUUGGGGUCCAUUCCAUUUAAAUUCCGGUAAAUUCAGAAAGUAAACCAAAUUCCAAUUCCAAAUGUUCAUUGUCACUCAUUGAAAAGCACUGAAGAGAAAUUAAAUUGGAAUUUCAGUGUACUUCUUGAAUUGACUAGAAUUGAAAUGUAAUUCAUUCCAACCCUGAUGUUUAGUGUUUCUGUUAUUUUUUAUUUUAUUUUUCACUGGAAAAUAUGAAUGUUAACAAUACUAAAAGCACUUUAACUUGAUGGUGUUUGUGUACACAAGCAUAUGUAUAUGUUUCAGUGUGCGUGCGAGGCUGCAUGUAUGUGUGUUUUAACAUAUGCAUGUUCAUAUGCAUGUACUUGUUAUUCCUCCUGUACUUCAAUACCUGAUCACUCCUGUGGUCAUUCUAAAACGUGCCACUAAACUCUGCCUUUUGAUGUGCCAGUGUCUGUGCAGUCGAGCAUCAGAUUUCAAUAUCAUAUGGUGUGGUUAGCUGACAUGUUAAACACCUAUCCACUCGUUGUGAGAUCUGGCAGGCGUCUGCAAUGAAGUCAGGCAAGAAUGCUACCAUUGCCUGUGAUUGGUUAUAAUGUGUUGGCCAGGCCAGGUCCCAUCUGUAAUAUUGCAACCUCAUCACCCUAACAGAUAAUAUACUAUGAAGUGUUGCCCAGGCCAGGUCCCAUCUGUAAUACUGGAACAGAUAAUAUACAAUGAAAUGUCUGUUUUUAAUAAAAGUGCAGAUUUACAACA